UUGAGUUCAUCUCCCGCUCUCCGUCAUGUAACCAUAGUAAUGGACAGAAGCGAAUGGGAGCAUAUACUCACCUGUUUUCAGGCAUCUGCACGUAGAUACCUGGUAAUAAAUGAAAUCCGUAGUGCACGAGAGGACUUUGAGGACAUCGUUAAGGAGAUUGAUGGAGGGUUGACCCAUUUACAGUGGAGGGAGACAAUCAUCCCCAUUCCCCACUUCACAGACACUGAGUGCCCAUUCCUACGACACCGCAGCUCUAGCAGAAAAUCUUCAACUCCUGGACUCGAUGUCUGUGUCAGUCCCCAGAGCCUGUCAUUACUGUCAUCGUCAUUAUCAUCAUCGUCUUCAGCACCCUUACCAGAGGAGAAAGGAGACCAUCAUGUCCUGCUUGAGAAGAUAGAAGCAGAGCGAGAUGAUUCACAAACCAAAAGACAGGCUUCUCCCUCUAAGGACUGUUCCCUCAGCAGUAAUGUUAGAGAGGAUGGAGAGGGACAGAAAGGAAGCACUGAGGGGGAGAAAGAUGGAGACUCCACCACCGUCUGGAGCAGUUUGGAGCUGGACAACAACGAGGGUCAUUCUCCCAAAGGUCCCCGACAGUUCAGCUUGGCUCAGGAAGUGCCCCCCACCCCACAGGCCUUGCGUCUCCAUAGAAACACCCUGACCAUGGAGCUGGUCUGGCUCCAACAGGCCAUUGACAGCAGGAAAAAGUACUUGUCACUCAAGGAUGGGCUGAGCGUAUCUUGAAGGCAGAAGUAAUCUGAACUGGACUGAUCGCUGUCAGGAUAUUAUUGUACUCAAAUACAAAGACACCGGAAAUAAAUUGUCAUCCAUGGAAUUAACUCAUUUUUUGUAGAUCUGUACAUUGUGUAUAUUUUAUUUGCUAUGUUUAAAAAUAAAGAUUAAACUGUAUUUUUCUAAAAA